AUAUACCACGCCCACACAACUUUGAAAAUCAUUCCUCCCUCUCUUCAUAGGAUAGAAUAACAAAGAAAACCCCCAAAUUUUCAACAGAAGUUGAUCAAAGGGUCUUUCUGAUUUUGUUCAAAUCUUCAUAAGAUUUCCAAUUUUUCCUUCAUAAGAUAAUCACAAUGAUCGAAUCAAGAGAUAGAUUGGUCAGAGAAGAAGAAAAAGAUCCAUUCACUCCCAUAUCUGUUCCAAAAUUGGGCUUAGGUAUGUCUAGGUUUGCUGCUGGUAGUGAAAGAAAUUUAUUUGGAUCGGCGUCACCAUCUCAAACUACUUCUCCGAUGGGUUUCAGUGGCUCUCCAAUGGGUUUAAUAGCGAUACCAAGUUCAAGAAAUAUUGCUCUGAGAAGGGUCGGAUUUGGCACUAAUAAUCGAUUAGGUAACAGUAGAAUUUCUUCUUCUAUAGGAUCUGAGAAUGUUAGUCCAAAGGGGAGUGAGCGCCGAAGCAAAGGAGGUGUAAAGAAGAGUAUACUUCCUUCUUGGUACCCAAGAUCGCCUCUUCAGGAUAUCACUGCCAUCGUCGAUGCCAUUGAAAGGAGAAGAAAUCGUCUUAAAGAGACUGAGCAACAUAGACUCGCCAGCGUGUCACCUCAGGAAAUAAGUGUUCAGGACAGUACAUUACCUACUGCUGGUGCUCCGCUCGAGCACAACUUGUCCCUGACUUCUUCAGACCUUCCUGAGGCUUCCAAGAAGGCUUCUCAAUCAACUGCUGUUCACUGUCCACAAAUGAUUUCACUGAAAAAUGCGGCUUUUGGUGAAAUGGAUUGCCUAACUCCCCAGAAGAAACUUCUUAAUUCAAUUGACGAGGUUGAGAAAAUUGUCAUGAAGGAAUUCCAGAGAAUUAGAAAAACACCCAUUGCAAAGAAGAUAGAGAGAGAAAACAAAGUUCGGAAAUUGAUGGCAAUGCGAUGACAGGAACCAUUUUCUGCCUGAAUUUUGCAGUACCAUGAGACAUGACUAAUGGUGUAAAGGAGAAAAAGAAGGGGGAAAUAACUACAACUACAUAUGGGGUAACAAGAUCACUUUGUGGUGAUUUCACUGGUAAUAGUAGGUCUACAAAUUUUUCUGUUUCUGCAGUCUAAUCCUUGCUGAAAGUCUCUGUGUUAGACUAGUAAGCUCAUGUUUUGUUCCAUGUUCAUCAUUUUCUUGCUGAAAAUCCUCGGUCUGGGAUUAGUAACCAACUGUAUAGUAUGGCAUUCUCUAGUUUUUACUAUGGAAGAUAAUUGGAUGAAUAUCUUAC